GAUCAAAGCUUGGAUUGGAAAUAAUGGAAGAAGCUCUGGAGCAGCAAAGUCAAGCACCUGACCAAGAGGAGGACGAGAUAGUUACUGAAGGCAGCGCCGUUGUGCAUGGUGAGCCAUCUCAAGACGCUAGUGUUCCACCUAAAGUUGACAGUGAAGUGGAAGUCCUGGGUGAGAAAGUCAGUAAGCAGAUCAUAAAGGAAGGUCACGGUUCCAAAUCAUCCAAGUACUCGACAUGCUUCCUGCACUAUAGGGCAUGGACCAAACACACGCAGCAUAAAUUUGAGGAUACAUGGCAAGAGCAGCAACCUAUUGAAUUGGUUCUAGGAAAAGAGAAAAAAGAAAUGGCCGGUUUGGCCAUCGGUGUUUCAAGCAUGAAGUCUGGUGAACGGGCGCUCUUGCAUAUUGGCUGGGAAUUGGGAUAUGGGAAAGAUGGAAACUUUUCUUUUCCGAAUGUUCCUCCUAUGGCGGACUUGUUAUAUGAGGUUGAAGUUAUUGGAUUCGAUGAAACAAAGGAGGCAAUAGUUCUCUUGUUUCCUUACCCUGAUACCUCCACAACCAAAUGGAUUGUACAGGGGAAGGCUCGCAGCGAUAUGACUGUGGAGGAAAGGAUUGGUGCAGCAGACAGAAGGAAAAUGGAUGGGAACUCUCUUUUCAAGGAGGAUAAACUAGAGGAGGCCAUGCAACAGUAUGAAAUGGCCAUUGCAUACAUGGGGGACGAUUUUAUGUUUCAGCUGUAUGGGAAGUACCAGGAUAUGGCGUUGGCAGUGAAGAACCCAUGCCACCUAAACAUGGCAGCUUGCUUGAUCAAGCUGAAACGAUACGAUGAAGCAAUUGGCCACUGCAACAUUGUGUUGACAGAAGAAGAGAAAAACCCAAAAGCGUUGUUCAGAAGAGGAAAGGCGAAGGCAGAGCUAGGACAGAUGGAUUCAGCUCGUGAAGAUUUUCGCAAAGCUCAAAAGUAUGCUCCUGAUGACAAUGCGAUUAGAAGAGAGCUACGAGCAAUAGCAGAGCAAGAGAAAGCUGUGUACCAAAAGCAAAAAGAAAUGUACAAAGGAAUAUUUGGAGGGAGAGAAGAAAGUGGUACUAGAGCAAAGAGCCGUAACUGGUUGAUAAUGCUAUGGCAAUGGCUGGUUUCCCUUUUCAGCAGGAUCUUUCGAGGUCACAGAGUUAAAGCAGAU